GCCUUUUUUAAUAUUCAAUCAACCAAAAUACAAUUAAACUGAACUCCUCACGAGCGACAGUACAUCAGCACUAUGGCCGGCGGCGGAGGGCGGCCUAUAAGGGCACUGAACGUGGCGGAGAAGCCGUCCGUGGCUAAAGCGGUGUCGGCUAUACUCUCGAAGAAUCCUUCGAGCAGCGGAAUGAGGGUGAGAGAUGGGCGGUCUCGAUACAACAAGAUAUUCGAGUUUGAGUGCUCCAUUCGUAAUCAGCAGUUUCACAUGUCAUUCACUUCUGUCACCGGUCAUCUCAUGGAGCUCGAUUUCGAUGACCGUUAUCGCAAGUGGCACUCUUGUGACCCGGCCGAUCUCUACCACGCCCCUGUCAAGAAAUAUGUGCCUCAGGAUAAAUCAGACAUCGAAAAGACACUGGAGGAAGAAGCCAGAAAGUGUCAGUGGCUUAUCCUCUGGCUUGACUGCGAUAGGGAAGGAGAAAACAUAGCAUUUGAGGUGGUUGAAGUUUGCACACGAGCAAACCGUAAUCUCAACAUCAGAAGAGCUCGUUUCUCCUCUUUAACCGAUAGGGAAAUUCGUAAUGCAGUUCAGGAUCUUGGUCCGCCUAAUCAAAUGUUUUCUGAUGCUGUAGAUGCUCGACAAGAAAUAGAUCUCCGGAUUGGAGCUUCUUUCACACGGUUUCAGACGAUGCUUUUGAGAGAUGCAUUUGUCCUUGAUUUUGCUACAGAUAACCAAAAUAUUAUUUUAAGUUAUGGUCCUUGCCAGUUCCCGACACUGGGUUUCAUCGUGGAGAGGUUCUGGGAAAUUCAAGCACAUGAACCGGAAGAGUUCUGGACUAUAAACUGUACUCAUAAUUCUGAACAAGGCACUGCUGGAUUUCAUUGGGCGAGAGGGCAUUUGUUUGAUUACACAUGUGCAGUGAUUAUAUAUGAAAUGUGUCUCCAGGAACCCACUGCAACUGUCACAAAUGUUAGACAACAGGAGAGGCUUCACCAUCCCCCCCAUCCUUUGAGUACAAUAGAGCUUGAAAAGCGUGCUUCACGUUACUUCCGAAUGAGCUCAGAACGUACUAUGAAGGCCAGUUUCUCCUUGUGGCAGAAGAUCUUUACCAAGCUGGAUUUAUCAGUUAUCCUCGUACUGAGACUGAUUGCUUUACUACAAUUGUGCAAGAGCAGCAAGGACACCCAACAUGGGGCUCAUAUGCCCAACGGUUGCUGGAUCCUGAAGAAAACCUUUGGAAAGAUCCUAGUAAUGGUGGACAUGAUGACAAAGCCCAUCCUCCCAUCCACCCAACAAAAUUUUCUGCUGGAGAAUCUGGUUGGAGUCAAGAUCACAAUGUUGAACGUCUAUGAAUUGGUUGUUCGCCAUUUCCUGGCAUGUGUUUCUCAACCAGCUAUAGGAGCUGAAACUACAGUUAAUAUUGACAUUGCUGGCGAACAGUUCUCUGCAUCUGGGAGAGUGAUAAUUGCUAAAAAUUACUUGGAUGUAUAUCGAUUUGAGUCAUGGGGAAAUUCUAUGAUCCCAUCCUACAACAUUGGGCAACAGUUUACGCCGAGCUCAUUGACUCUCGAUUCAGGAGUUACAAGACCCCCACCUCUUCUAAGUGAGGCUGAUUUACUAAGUUGUAUGGAUAAGGCAGGUAUUGGAACCGAUGCAACAAUGCAUGACCACAUAAAAAAGCUUCUUGAUCGUUUUUAUGCCACUAAAGACUCAAGCAUGCGUUUCUCACCUACUAAACUUGGAGAAGCACUCGUAAUGGGUUAUGAUGACAUGGGUUAUGAGCUGUGGAAACCAGAUCUUCGUUCUCAGAUGGAAAGUGAUAUGAAAGCUGUUAGCAUCGGGGCAAAGCGGAAGGAUGAAAUUUUGGAAACUUGCCUACAGAAGAUGAAAACCUGCUUUUUGGAUGCGAAACUGAACAAAGGAAAAUUGUUUGAAGCCAUGGCAAUUUUCUUUGAUAGGUCAAACAGAUCCAGUGGCCAUGAGCAGCACACAAUUGGGGAGGUUGUUCGGAAAUGUAACCUCUGUCAGGAAUCAGAUAUGGUUCUCAGGAAAAAGCCGGAUGGAAAUUUCAUGGUUGGGUGCUUGGGCUUCCCUCAAUGUAGAAAUGUCGUCUGGCUUCCAGGGCCCAUAUCAGAAGCCACAGUUACCACAAAUAUUUGCAGCAUCUGCUCUCCAGGACCUGUUUACAUGAUUCAAUUCAAAUUUCGUCGGAUCGAAAUACCGCCGAACUACAGUGUUGAUCAUUUGGGCUGCAUUGGUGGAUGUGAUGACAUUCUGAAGCAGCUGGUAGAAGUAUGUGGAACUGGGUCCCGCAGCUCCACCAUUCCUGGUACCUAUAGGAUUCACGAAGAGGACAAGGGCAUACACCAUCCUCCAGCAGUGCACAGCAAAGUAAUACCAGAAAUCAAGGUCCUUGGCAAACAGGGCGUUCUUCUGGUUCACAUCCUCCUGAGAAUUCACGAGGUCGUAAUUCACGAUCUCAGGGUGCUGUCUCACAAGAUGGGUAUUAAUGGUAAAACACAAGUGAGGAGAGCUAAUAGAGGAAGGAAGUUCUAUUCAUGUCAGGCUCAGGGUUGCAACUUCUUCAUGUGGGAAGAUAAUGGUGCGAGUGGUAGGGGAGGAGGCAUAAGUAGAGAAGCUCCAAAUGGCAACAGCAGAAGAGGUGGGCGUGGCCGUGGCAGGGGUGGUAACCGUGGUGGGGCCCGGGCAAAUGAUGGUGGGGCUUUUGUGUCUGCUACUGGUGAACCCAUUUCAGGCAGGUGUUUCGUCUGUGGUGAUCCCGGCCACUUUGCAAAUACUUGCCCUACUCGCGGUAGGUGACUUUAAUUUUUGUAUCAGUUGCCCAACUUGUCGGAGAUCUUUAACUGUGUAUGAUUUUAUUUGUUUAUGAAUCCUGUAUUAUAUAUCUGUUUUCUGACUCCAGUGGAUUAUACAAAUUAACGUGGAUAGAACACUGAAAUCGUUGAUGCUGACAUGGAAAUAAACAGAAAAAGCUUCCAUGAAAUCCACUUCGUCAUCACCAUCACAUUACGUUAAAGAAAAAAUCAAUUCACGUGGAGCCUUUGCAGUAGUUGCAUGGAUAAAGCACUAGAUUUUUCUACGUGACCUUCAAAAAUUAUUAUUCGCAUGAAAAGAAAAAUGCAAACGUGAGCUAAGCAAAUGAUGCAAGUUUGGUUUUGGGCGGAUCGACAAGACAACGGUUAAGAAGGUUGUCGAUUGAAGUGUACUUGUGCUCUGGGUACAGCUUCGAGGCUUCCAAGUCAUCUACUGCUAGUUCAAAGCUUAAUUGAGUACCAGCAAUAAAAAUAUCGUGUUAGAAUUGCCACUGGUAUGUUGUUUGGGUGUGGUAAACCUGCACCCGCAAACAAAUAUAUUUCAACAUUUAGAAAUAUAUAUGCAACAAAAUAACACACAUUGUGCAAGGGCAAGUUGGCAGAGGAGUCUUACUUUGAGAGAGGUUGAUGAGCUGUUGCCCAGAAACAUGAUUCCUAGUGAAGGUUCGCCCUGUUUUUUG